GCUGCGGCGGCGGCUGCGGCGGCGCCUUAAGCCGGGCGGCUGUAACCGGUUUGGCUCAGGGAGGGAGAGUUAGAGGGAAGGAAAGGCGGCGCUGUCGUCAGCAGCAGCAGCAGCAGCAGCAGCAGCCACCGCCGCCUUGCAGAGGAGAGGAAGCUGCCUAACUGGGAAGAGAAGCCACUGCCACCUUCGCCAUCCUCCUCCUCCUCCAUCAACUAACUCUCGGUCUCCGGGAGAAAGCAGGAAUCCUGGUUGGUCCAAGAGCCUUUGACACAGCUGUUGAACUCACAGUUGGGGGAAAUAUAACAGGAAACAGAAAGCCAUUCAGCAUCAUUGGUCAGUAUGGCACCUUGUCAGGUUACCUUUAAAAUAAGAGGAGUGUCACCACCAGGAGAAGUUUUUGCCAUAUGUGGAAGCUGUGGUGCUCUGGGAAACUGGGAUCCCCAAAGUGCAGUAAUUCUUCAGCCAGAGGAUGAGGCUGGUGAUGUUCUGCUAUGGAAAGCAACAGUUAACCUCAGCAGAGGAGCUGAUAUUGAAUAUCGAUAUUUUCAAGGCAGCUUUUUAGAGCCCCAGACUAUCGAUGGUCCAUGCCAAGUCAUAAUUCACAAGUGGGAGACUCAUCUACCACCACGAUCAAUUACCCCAUUAGAGAGUAUUUCCAUUGACGAUGGACACUUUGGAACAUUUGAUGAUGUGACGAGUAUUGAUUCUGGAUGGCUGACAUGUCAGACAGAAAUAAGACUACGGCUGCAUUUUUCUGAAAAACCUCCUGUAUCAAUAACUAAGAAAAAAUUUAAAAAAUCCAGAUUUAGGGUGAAACUCACCCUUGAAGGCUUGGAGGAGGAGGGUGAAGAUGACGAGGAUGAUAGACUGUCACCUACACUUCAUCAUAAAAUGGCAAACACAUUAGAGAUUUCGCUAAUAAGUGAUAAUGAAUUCAAGUCUCGGCAUUCUCAGCCAGAAUGUGGUUAUGGUCUGCAGCCUGACCGGUGGACAGAAUACUCUAUACAGACUAUGGAACCAGACAACUUGGAAUUAAUCUUUGACUUUUUUGAGGAAGAUCUCAGUGAAGCAGUGAUACAAGGAGAUACACUUCCUGGUCAUGUGGGCUCUGCUUGCCUGUUAUCCUCCACUAUUGCAGAAUCAGGAAGGAGUUGUGGUAUUCUUACACUUCCUAUUAUGAGCAGAAUGUCACGAAAAACAAUAGGAAAAGUUAGAGUGGACUACAUAAUUAUUAAACCAAUUCAGGGAUACUUUUGUGAUAUGCAAGCUUCAUAUGCUAAAUACUGGAGGUUGAGAACCGGGCUGGAUGUUGGGCACAGAGGUGCAGGAAACUCUACAACCACCACCAAGCUUGCUAAGCUUCGAGAAAACACUAUUGCUUCCUUAAAGAACGCUGCUAAACAUGGAGCAGCCUUUGUGGAAUUUGAUGUACACCUUUCCCGGGAUCACGUCCCCAUCAUAUAUCAUGAUCUUACUUGUUGCAUUGCUAUGAAAAAGAAAAAUGAUACUGAACCAUUGGAACUGUUUGAGAUUGCUGUUAAGGAGCUCACAUUCGCCCAGCUGCAGUUACUUCAGCUGGCCCAUGUGACUGCAUUAAAAUCAAAAGAUAGUCAAGAAUCAUUUAAAGAAGACGAAAAUGUUCCUUCUGAUAUGCAACCAUUCCCUUCUCUACAAAACGUACUAGAAUGUAUUCCUGAAAAUGUUGGGUUUAAUAUAGAAAUCAAAUGGAUCUGUCAGCAGAGGGAUGGUAUAUGGGAUGGCAACCUUUCAACCUACUUUGACAUGAACCUCUUCUUGGACAUAAUUUUGAAAACUGUUCUGCUUAAGGCUGGAAGCAGGAGGAUUAUAUUUUCUUCAUUUGAUGCAGAUAUAUGCACAAUGGUCAGGCAAAAACAAAAUAAAUACCCCAUCUUGUUUCUGACUCAAGGAAAAACUGAAAUUUACCCAGAACUGAUGGAUCUCAGGUGUCGUACCACAGCUAUAGCUACAAGUUUUGCACUAUUUGAAAAUCUGCUGGGAAUUAAUGCACAUACUGAAGAACUGCUAAACAAUCCAUCAUUCAUUGAAGAUGCUGUAUCUAAAGGUUUAGUUGUCUUUUGCUGGGGUGAUCAUGCAAAUGAGCCAGAGAACAGGAAGAUAUUGAGAGAAUGGGGAGUUCAUGGUCUGAUAUAUGACAGGAUUUAUGACUGGAUGCCUGAACAACCAAAUAUAUUCCAGACAGAGCAGCUAGAACGGCUGAAGAAGGAGGUACCAGAGCUGAAAAGCUGUAUUUGUCCCACUGUUAGCCACUUCAGUAGUUUAGGUCUGUGUAAGUGUAAUAGUAGUAGCCCCAUUAUACCAAGAAAGUCAGAAAGUACAAACAGUUAGUUUCUACUGGUCUCUUAAGUUAUAACAAAUGCUGUUGAUGUCUGUGUUCACUUGUUUCCACUGAACAAUGCUAGUAAUGCCUCACUGUUCUCACAUCCAAAUGAAGCAAUAACACCUGGUCCACUGUAGCCUAUUCCAAGUCAUUGCUAGAUUGUCAAGCACAGCUGAAAUGCUUGGUCAGUUGUAAUUGCUCUGCCCUUGUCUGUAUCUCUUGUAUAUUCGGAACUGACUACUUUCAGAUGGAAUCUGUGUACUGUAACAUAUGCACCUAGUUUCUGAGCAAUCUGAAAUGCAACAGUUGCCUAUAUUGCUAGGAUGUAAAUUGCCAAAUAUCACUGUUUAAUUGAUUAGGCUCCAAUGCUAGUGGAGAAAACUGUACUGUAUAAAAUCAUAUUUAGUCCGAUGAAAAGGUACCUCAAGUGCAUGCAUUUGCAUUGGCACAUGCAUCUGUACAAACAUGUGCCAGCAUUAUUGCAAUGUUGCAAUUAGUCUCUUUUUUAAAAAAAAAUCUUGUUGCUGUCAGGCUGCUGGUGUGUUUAUUUUGCCAGAUACAGUGAUGAAUGGUGUGAUCUCUGUUUAGCAACCUACAGGUGAAUAGCACCCCUUCUCUUCCUUUUUUAGUAUCUGCAUUUUGCUGAAGCUCAGAAUGUUGUAAAUCAGUAUAAGCCAAAUUGCCAGUGUCUGACUAUAAAUUGAAAAAUGGUAUCAUUGUUCUUAAAUGUUAAAUGAACAGAUGCACAAUACAAAUGCCAGAAAAUGCUAAGCAUGAUGCUCUGGAUGUCUAGCAGUCCUUGUUCCCUUGUGGUGCUAUAUGGUGCAAGGGUGGUAAGGACUGCAUAAAAAUGCUUCAGUUUUUGCUGAAAAAUCACAGGCCUCUGUGUGUAGAUAGCUAAAUGAGAUUUUGUCAUUUCAUUCUUUAUUUCAAGCCACUAGCGGGUGCAUUUAGAAAAGAAAGCUCAACUUAAUUUUCAGAAUGUAAUAGAAUCUCCCUCUGUGUUCACUGUGUAUAAAUUAUUAAGAAAUUAUGAUAAGCGUAUUUUUUCACAUACUGUACUUAUGUUUGCAUGUUAUUACCCAUACCUCUCUACCAUAGCAGGUAAUGAGACUUAAUUACCUGUAAAUUUUUACUGAAGUGUUAAAUGCAAAAUAAAAAUGAAAAAAAUAUAUUUAUUUUUUUCUUGCUAUGGCAAAUCAACAAUUGGAACAAUAGCAUGUAUGAUAUGAAUCUUGUCACUGCUGUAUAAAGCUGAUUCUAUGAAAGUUCAAUAAAUGCAAGUAUGUACAUGGCUUUUGAUCUGUACUACUGAGUUGUUUGGGGGAACAUGGUUUGCUUCCUGUUGUUUGUACUGAAAUUCCUCUUGUCCUCCACAAACAGCACAGUCUUGGGGUCUCUGGGAACUGUCUUAUUUUAAAAAUAAAAUCCAUUUUGUAUCUAAA